AUGUCAGCUUAUUUAUGGCCUCGUCCUCUACUAUUCUACAAUGCUGAUCUAUCAUCGCUGGCCAAUAGUCGGCAAAGCAACUGUGAUUUUUUGGCCGCUGCGAGUCGUAUCAUAAAGUAUCAGUUUCGUCAGAAGGGCACUUCACAUGUGAAGAGGACUGAAUGGGUGAACAUACUGGAACAAGAAAGGGUAACCGCUGAAGUGGCUGAAAUAUUAUUCGAUGUGGCACGACUUGUUGAAGCAACUGCCCCAAACAACGGGAGCAUCACUCAGUUAUUACAUGUUCACGAGAUAUCUGGUCGAUUUCAGUUGAACGAUGGUGGCAGGGAGGCUUCCUUGCUAGCCCUAGUGAUGGUUUUUACGCUUUGUCGUUGCGGUGCAUAUCAAUCGCUUACGGAAACAUCCCCUUCGAACACGGAUGCUACGUGAUUCCUACAUGCACUCGGACGUACUCAUGUUUUGAACAUACACUUUGUGAUUGCCACAAAGAAAACGCUCAGUAAACUGAUUGAACUUGCAGGCCACAGAAUGUCAAAUCGAAAUUUCAGCAAUGCGACGUCAAAACAGCAGCAGAUGCCGAUUACAAAACAAAUCCUUGCAAUGGCAGUUGCUACGUACGGAUCUGCAGCACUCACGGUAGUAAUAGCAAAGGAUAAAGAGUUAUCACGAGGUGUCAUCAGUUCGUUGGAUAUGAUCUUCGAGGGCUGCGUUAGAGCAAACGAGGAUGGCGACCACGAUCAAUCGCUACCGCUGAUCUACGACGAUCGUGUUCAGCUUGCUUCACUCUCCGAAAUUGUCAAAAGCCAUUGGCGCCCUGAUGAAAAGAUCACAUUUAUACGUUUAUAUCAGUUCGUCAGUGGGCAUCUUCAAGUUGAGCCGUUCGUCAUCCAUGACCGUCCCAUUCUACAAAUAGUGACUGAACGCCGUGAUGGUGGAUUUUCAGUUUUCAGAGAAGCCGUGACACCUGAAUCGACUGAUGGGUCGGUUCGUUCAGUGGAUAGUGCAACGAAAGGAUCUCAGCCAACGGAACGCAAAUUGUCGCGAAAUCGCCGCCGAAAGAAAUCUCUUUCGAAUACAACCUCCCAAGUGAAUCGCAAAUUUACGAUUAGUCACUGGACUCAUUAUGAGGUGCUCAAUCAAGAAGAACUCAGUGGUGGCCAUCUGCGAAUAAUGAAUGGUGAUGAGCGCUCAUCAUGGCUGAUCGCACCCAAGCAUUCGGAAAGUGUUGUGGUGGCAGACUGCAGUGGAUCUGGACCGAUCUUGUUGGGUCCUGUACGGAAUACUGUAUUCCUGCGAGGCCUGAACGAUUGUACCGUAUCGGUGAUUGCUUCGCGAGUUGUGAUCGAACGAUGCGAAGAGAUCACCGUACAUCUGUGCACACCUCUAUCGCCUGUGCUCAUUGACAGUCAUGCUGUGAAGCUGGCACCCUAUAAUAUAUGCUACGAUGUGAGUGAGCAUUUGUCAUAA